CUUUCUCCAAUGUCCAGGGUCAUUAAACUGGAAUAAAAACAUUGAUGGUAAUCUUGCUGCCCUGGCUUUAUGGUUUUGUGAGCAAAUCUUGAGCAGUGGCAAAGGGUUAACUCAGGUCUGUGUGGAACUGAGGGAGCAUUCUGAACAGCUUUAGUGCUGAGCACGUCUGGUUAGGUGUGCCUGCUUUCCCUUGUGCUCAGAGUUGUCGUGCACCAGUUGAGACUUGUUCUAAGUGUGCAUGCAUUCCUUUAUUCUUCAGGCAAUGGACCAAGAGAAAACUUCAGUAGUUAACGUGAAGUGCAGCAGUAUUGUGGUCUUCCAAGUAGAUUUUAAGUUUUGAUUUGGAUUGUUUCAGUAAAUAUUGUAAAACUGUGGGAUGUCUUGCUCACCUUCCUGCUUUUGUUUGUUUGUUUGUUUGUUACCUCUGCCUUAGGCUAAGCCAUGACUUCAGGAUGUGGGCAUGUGGACUCCAAGGCUGAGCUCACUACUUUGCUUGAGCAAUGGGAGAAAGAACACGGCAGUGGGCAAGAUAUGGUUCCUAUUCUCACCAGGAUGUCUGAGUUGAUUGAGAAGGAGACUGAAGAAUACCGCAAAGGGGAUCCAGACCCUUUUGAUGACCGACACCCUGGUCGAGCGGACCCUGAGUGUAUGCUUGGUCACCUGCUAAGGAUACUUUUCAAGAAUGAUGAUUUCAUGAACGCGCUAGUGAAUGCUUAUGUGAUGACGAGCAGAGAACCUCCAUUAAACACUGCUGCCUGCAGACUUCUUCUGGAUAUCAUGCCAGGACUGGAAACUGCUGUUGUCUUUCAGGAAAAGGAAGGAAUAGUUGAAAAUCUCUUUAAAUGGGCACGAGAAGCUGAUCAGCCACUAAGAACAUAUGCAACAGGGCUUUUAGGAGGAGCUAUGGAAAACCAAGAUAUCGCUGCCAAUUACAGGGAUGAGAAUUCACAACUGGUGGCUUUGGUGCUUCGACGGCUGCGGGAAUUACAGGUUACUGAAAUGACCACAAAACAAGAAAACAAGCGUCCCAGUCCUCGGAAAGUGCCAUCAGAUUCUCUGCUGCCUUUGGAUGAAGAGGCUGUGGAUAUGGAUUAUGGGGAGAUGGCAGUGGAUGGAGAGCAAGAAGAAGUGGCUGGGGAUAUGGAGAUCUCCUUUCAUCUUGAUUCAAGUCACAAGACCAGUAGCAGAGUCAACUCUUCUACAAAGCUAGAUGAUGGGGGAUUAAGAAAAAGCAAAUCAGGGAAACAGCAUGAAAGAGAUGGCUUCCGGAAGGCCAAGCAAAAACUGGGCUUCUCUGCUUCAGAACCAGAGCGGAUAUUUGUUGAACUGUCCAACAGCAGCUGGUCAGAAAUGUCCCCAUGGGUGAUUGGCACUAAUUAUACACUUUACCCUUUGACUCCUGCCAUAGAGCAGAGGCUCAUUCUUCAAUACCUGACUCCCUUAGGGGAAUAUCAAGAGCUAUUACCCAUCUUCAUGCAACUGGGAUCAAGGGAGCUGAUGAUGUACUACAUUGACUUGAAACGAACCAAUGAUGUGCUGCUUACUUUUGAAGCCCUUAAGCAUUUGGCAUCGUUGCUGCUGCAUAACAAGUUUGCAACCGAGUUUGUUGCUCACGGAGGCGUGCAAAAGUUGCUGGAGAUUCCUCGUCCUUCCAUGGCAGCCACAGGAGUUUCCAUGUGCUUGUAUUAUUUAUCUUACAAUCAAGAUGCAAUGGAAAGGGUGUGCAUGCACCCCCAUAAUGUGCUUUCAGAUGUGGUGAACUACACCUUAUGGCUAAUGGAGUGCUCCCAUGCCUCAGGCUGCUGUCAUGCUACUAUGUUCUUCUCCAUUUGCUUCUCCUUUCGUGCUGUCCUGGAGCUCUUCGACAGGCACGAUGGCCUUCGUCGUCUGGUUAACCUGAUAAGUACCCUUGAAAUCUUAAACUUGGAAGACCAAGGAGCUCUGUUGAGUGAUGAUGAGAUCUUUGCCAGUCGCCAGACUGGGAAGCACACCUGCAUGGCCUUGCGGAGAUACUUUGAAGCCCACCUUGCUAUCAAACUUGAACAGGUGAAGCAGUCACUCCAGCGCACUGAAGGUGGUGUUUUGGUCCAUCCACAGCCCCCAUACAAGGCCUGUUCCUAUACUCAUGAGCAGAUUGUAGAGAUGAUGGAAUUCCUCAUCGAGUAUGGGCCAGCACAGCUCUACUGGGAGCCAGCGGAAGUUUUCCUUAAAUUGUCUUGUGUCCAGCUCAUGCUUCAGCUCAUUUCAAUAGCAUGUAACUGGAAGACGUACUAUGCAAGGAACGACACAGUGCGCUAUGCUUUGGAUGUGCUAGCCAUCCUGACUGUGGUUCCUAAAAUCCAGCUACAGCUGGCAGAACCUGUGGAUGUGUUAGAUGAAGCUGGAUCUACCGUUUCCACUGUGGGUAAGCUGAAUGUGGUCUUGAUUGAUCGCACCGUUAUCAAUUGCCUUCUAUGUGAUUUUUGGUUGUUUUUUUUUUUUUUUUUUUUUCAGCUGGUUGUUGCUACAUUGAGAAAAAGGGUUAAAAUAAUGUAUACAAAGUUAUAAUUAGGGAUACAGGUA